ACCCAUGGUUACAAUCCUGAAAACUACAGAGAUGAAGUGACCUGUGGACCUUAAACAAAUGAAAAUCAAAGAGUAGUAAAAGAAAAUAAUCCAGGAGCAGUUGUGAGAAAGCAGCGAUGGAUAAAGAGGAGGACCAGAUGAAACUUGCCUCCGAGCCAAAAAGGCAAAGCAUUACCAUCAUUUCAGAAGGUGAAGCGGACGAUGGCAGCAAGCUUAGUGUUCACGCUAUGUUUGGGAGAAGUGCUUCACUUGCACCGUCCUCAACAGACAAUGAUUCCCUCAGCUCGUUGCGCCUGGGGUCGGGGAGGAGUACCUCCCUGGUCCCGGGCAUCAUCGACCACGUGGAGGACAGUCAGGGUGCCGGAGCCAGUGAUUCCGCUAUCUCCCAGCUUGUAGCCGAUGGUGUCAGUAGUAAAUUGCAGCUGGAAUCAAGGGACAGCGAUUCCUCUGCUCUUGGCGUGAGCGAGAAUGAGUCGUUCCAAGGGAUUGACAACCGAUUGCAGUUCCCGCUCCUGUCCAAGCGGAGCGCCUCCCUGGCGACCAGCUUCAUCCGCCGCCCUGGGGCUGAUGGCCCAUCGGACACCUUGCUGGGCACAAAACGCAGCACCUCUCUCGUCCCUGGGAUCAUUGACCGGCUGAAUGUGGACAACACCGUUGGCAAUCUGCUCGUGCCGUCAGCGAGCUCCAUUGGACAUGCAAGGGCAGCAGAUGCAACCAAGUUUCACAAAUCCUGGACUGACUUCGGGGCACGCGAGGCCCAGAGCAGGGAGUCCAAGUUCAACAAGGAGGGACAAAGCUCUUUGUACAAGCCCACCGCAGAUGAGGCCGAGCAAGAUCCAAAAGAUGGCCGUAAUUUGAGGCAAUCUGCAAAGAGACCCUUUCCUUCAGGAAGUCCGGCAGGAUCUGCAGAAGAUCGGCAUAAAAUUGGAGAGAGAAAGAUUUCCAUUUCAACCACUGGACCCAAUGUUCAGAGCGUUGUGAGCAUAGGUAGAAAGGGUUCCAUAGACACCUCAGGGCAUUCUUAUGUUCACCGCAUUGUCAAACCUCCAAGGGCUAGAUCUUCCUUCAGUGUACACGACCCAUCCGAACCGCUGAAAUCCAAGCUGGAAGUGAAGAGGGCUUCUUUCCAGACCUCUCUCAUUGAAGGCUUUGUCGUGAGAGACAUGAACUUGGAUGAACAAGAAGACGGAGCAAAGAACCUUUGGAAGCGAAUGUUUGGGCGCAAGGUGGCCAGGCGAGUGUUGUUCCUCCAGGAGCAGAGGACCUUGUUCAUGCAGAAGCACAAACGGGAGAAGGCAAACUUGGAGAAGAAGAUCCCGAUGGAUCUGUUGACCAAGGAGUGGUUCGACGAGAACAAAACCACAGUGCAGACCCGCAUUUACCUUCUGGAGAAGCUCUUGCCCACUCUCAUCCUGGGUCUGGAGAAUCUGCUGACGGAGGUUGAGAAGAAAAGCCUAAACGUCCUGGACAAAGCCCAUCCUUACUUCAACCCCAUCAAUUUCCUGGCCCAGUUCCUAAUGCGCCACAACCCCAAAUACUACAACCUCCCAGAAGAUGAUGCAUACAUCAUUGGCCUUCAAUAUGUUACCCAGGAACUGAAAAACUAUGUGGCUGAUAUUAAAGACAACAGGCAGGAUUUUCUUUUUCCCAUUUAUACUUUGCUUUUCUAUCUAAAAUUAGAAACAAAACACCGGGAUAAGGAGAAACAGGACAAAAUAAAUGCAGCGAUUCGGGAACGGAGAAGAGAAAAACUACGGGUGCAUUACAGAGACUGGAAGCAGAGCACGAAUGGCAUUGUGCUGCUUAGCUUGGCUCAGAGCGUUUUGGUUUCCUUCUCGGAGGCAUUUGCUGAUUAUCUUUUUGAAACAUUUGAAGUUAAAUACAUGUACUCGUACAUCAAGGGACUGUCGGACAGCCCCUUUGCGGACUUCCUUGUCUACCUUUCCCACAGCUCGGAUUUCUUCUAUCACAAUGGGCAGCAGGAUUGGUGGAGACAGCGGUUUGCAGAACUCUUCCUGGAAUGUGACGUCGGCAAGUGCGGGCUUUUGAACAGACAAAUGAUUCUCCUGUUGUUUGAGGAAUUCUAUGACCAACAAUCGGACGCAAGUAAACUAGAAUUACACAACCCCAGGAAAUGGCCUCUCAUUGAACUCGAUGAAAUGGAGCCAGAGGACUUUAUGGUUGACUUUGGGAAUGAGUACAUCAGUGGCCAGGUGCCGGCCUUGUACUACACUGCGCCAGAGAGUGGCCAAGAUGAGGAAGAGGCAGCUGACGGAACACCACGAGACCAGCAGCAGGCCAGAGAGAGCAAUGUGGCAGUGAGGCCCAUAACUGCACAAACUUUCAGAACAAGCAUUGGUGACAUUCCUAUUGGAAUACCUUCUCAUAAUUAUAUCCGUGAAGAAGAGGAAGCGAGAUUGUCGAAAUUUCCAGAUCUGACCACCAUCAUCUUGGAUCUGCAGUCUCACAGCCUUGCGCUGCACACGAGUCCCUUCAAGCGGAGGUUCAAGAAUAUUGUGCAGUUUGUGCAGCUGAUGGAGGUAUAUGUGGGCAAAAGUACCUCCACCUCGACCAAGGAAAACCUGAUCGAAUUUAUUCAGGCGACGUAUAAGGAAACCAAAGAGGAAAAAUUGGAAAACAUAGCUCAGGCAAACCAGGUAGCUCUGCAAAACACCCACAAGAUCAUCCUGGACGCACUGUUUGAGAAGUGGGACAACGAUGUCUCAGGACACAUUAAGCUGCGAGAGCUCACCGAACUCAUCAGUAAAUACAAGGAUGGAACGGAACGCAACUCCUUAAAGAGAGCCCAUCACAAGCUGAAGCUCUACCGCAAGUACUACUCGGACAACCCCGCCCUGACCAAGUCAGAGUUCAACGUGUACAUCGAGACGCUGGUGGCUGAGAUCUCGGGCAAGGAGGACGACUUUGAGAACCUGGUCACGUUCCUGACGGCCAGAAGUGAACAGAACUGCCUGGAGAGAGCACGUCACAGGGCCAGGCGCAAAUGGUUCUACGACAUCAAAUGGGCCGCAGUCACCUCCAGCUCCAGCAUGGAACCCGUUUAUAAAGUUGUCUUCCAAUCUCUUUAUAAGGACACGGAAGCGCACGGUGACAACAAGAGAAUCAGCUCGUCCAUUGCCCUGCUGAGGCACAAUUACCACAGACCAGACAGGGGUGAGGUCUUCCUACACUAUGUGGCAUGCACAGUGGAAGAUGCACCUUAUGUACUAAACCAGGCACUGUACAGAGAUAUGGGUGUAAGUUUUGCGGUGGUGGACGAGGGAAGGCCGCUGCACAUCUACAGGGUGCAGGAUCACAGCAAGGUCCACUUCUGGAACUGCCACCGGGAGAGGACGGAGGGGUCGUUCCUGGCCAUCCCCAUCAAGGACCACCACAACCGAGUGUUCGGAGUGAUGGGGAUCGACACGCUGAGGGACAAGUGUGGCAAAGUGUUCACCGCUCACGAGAUCAACUUUUAUCAGGGCAUCGCGAAGGCGUUCAGCAUCGCCUACCACCAUGUCCGUCUCCAGAGCAGCAUUCUGCGGGCAGUGGACAGCGCCAUGAUGUGGCUGUUCAACAUCAGCCCCAGCAUCCAGACCGGCAUCACAUAUCUCGUGGAACCGACCACCACCAAGGAAUAUGUUUUAUGCAAGACGAUGACGUCUGAAAACGACCCCAUUGAGCAAUGGUCCGAUGUUCACUCUCCCCCGAUGAUUCUCAACAGAAAGGACAACUACUUCAGAAACUACCUCUUCAGAUGUGCUGACACCUCGGAAGUAGUCUUCUCAUCGACGUAUAAAGGGAAGAGGGUGUGUGUGCCUCUGCGCGGCAGAGAUGGGAUAACGAUGGCCAUCCUUGACAUUGACCUUGGAACCGAGCAUGAAAUUGUGGCUCACGAGUACAGGAGCAUGCUGAAGAUGCUGGACAUCCUCAACAAGACCUGCUCCAUCAUCGUGCAGGGAUCUACUGACCCAGAAGGCAGUUUGGACAUUGAAUUUGAUAAUGAGUAUGAAGGCCGAGAGAAGGUGUUGUUCCAUGAGCUAAUGUUGAAGGAAUUGAUUGAAAAUAUCAGGAAACUGAAUGAACAGGAUGUUGCAGAGGUCAUGGCGUCAAUUGACCCUCCACUGAUGGUCCAUAAGGUCUUCAAAAUAGUGUUCCAUCUCAUGAAACCAAACAUCACUGUGGAGGGCCUCACCUGGAACCAGUUGAAGGAGCAGCUCAAUUAUGAUUUGAUUCAACAAAUCUGUGACUUUAAUCCCAUCACCACGAUCUCUAAGAUGACAACAUACCUUCUCCAACAGUACUUUAAAGAUGUCCGACCUGAUGAAGUGUGGAACUAUGGCUGCCAUAUUGUCUACUAUCUCUAUAACUGGUCGUACCUCUGCUUCACACUGAUGGAGGUGAAAUCCAACCUAAGACACUUCUAUCGACCACCCUCUGUGUGCCACUUGGCUUCAUCUUUGGAGAAAGGUUCUGAAGACACACUGUCUGGGAGGAAACCCAUUCUCAGUGAAAGAUUCCAAAACCCUGCAGCUGCAUUUAAUAUUUAA